AUGUGUAGCUCAUAUGUUGAUAGUGACGUAUAUGCUGAAUCGCUUAACACCAAUGGUACAGAUAUACUUUUUAAAUUGGUUAUUAAUGCAGUUAGAGAUGGCAUAACUGCACAAACAUAUAAAAAACGAGCUUUUUUUUUAAAGCCAAUUAUUUCAGAUUAUAAACAACCUAAUGAAACACCAGAUGGCCUAACUAUAUUAGAUUCUGCAUGUACAGCCAAUCACAUGUUUCAAAAACUAUUUGAAAAAUAUCCAUCAUAUACUGAAGUCAGAGAAUGUUUAACUUGUAGUUAUAUUCAAACAAAACUAUCCAUAACAAUUACAGCAAAUUUACCUACAGAAAGUAUUAAUUUUAUGCAAGAUGUUUUAAAAAGUAGAUUUGAAGAACAGAGAAAGUGUAUUCAAUGCGCCUCUUCUAUACAACCAAUAUAUACUUCUGGUAGGUAUAUUCUCAUUGAACCAGUUACUAACAAACAAGGACAAAACAAAACAAAAUUUGAUUUACCUAUUGUUUUAAAAGAUAUUCCUACUAAAAUCAAUGUGUUUGAUAAGCAGUUCACUCUCAGAGGACUUAUAAAUUUCUUACAACCAUCCAAAUGUUUGAGUAUGGAUGCCAUAGGUCAUUAUGUAUCAUACAACUGGAGAGACACGAACAAUAGCUGGGAAAGAUAUGAUGAUCUAUUAAAUUGUAUUCGACAUGUAAGACCAUCAACUAAAAUCAAUUGUCAAUUUAUAAUGUACACUCUCUAA